AUGUCCUCAGACGCGGGCGCGGCCUCGGUCGAUAGCUUCGACUUCGAGCUCUACCGCUACACGCCCUCACUACCCGCCGCCAUCGUCAGCGUCGCCAUCUUUGCCGUCCUCACGGCUGUCCACGUAUGGCGAAUGUUGCGGGCGCGCGCCUUCUACUUUACGCCUUUCGUCAUUGGCGGCAUCCUCCAGGUCAUAGGCUACUGCGGCCGCAUAUGGGGCCACUUUGACAAGCUGUCCAUCCCCGGCUUCAUCGUCCAGGCGAUCCCGAUCCUCGUGGCCCCAGCCCUCUACGCCGCCUCCAUCUACAUGAUCCUCGGCCGCCUCAUACGCACCCUCCACGCCGAGCACCUCUCCCUGCUGCCCGUGGCCUGGGUGACGCGCAUCUUCGUGACGGGCGACGUCGUCGCCUUCUCCCUGCAGGCGGCCGGCGGCGGCAUCCAGUCAGGCGGCACGCUCGACCUGUACAAGCUCGGCGAGAAGAUCAUCAUCGCGGGCCUCUUUGCGCAGAUAGUCGUCUUCGGCUUCUUCGUCGUCACGUCCGUGCUCUUCCACCGCAGGAUGAACGCCCAGCCGCCGACCGGCGCGUGGGCCGCCAAGGUCCCCUGGCGGCGCUACCUCUGGGUCCUCUACGCCACGAGCGCCGUCAUCCUCGUGCGCAGCGUCUUCCGCGUCGUCGAGUACCUGCAGGGCAAUGGCGGCUACCUCAUCUCGCGCGAGAUCUUCCUGUACGUGUUCGAUGCGCUCCUCAUGGCGCUCUGCAUGCUCAUCUUUGCCGUGUGGUACGUGGGACACCUUGAGAAGAAGCAGAAGCGACAAAGGCGCCGCUGUCAUGGGCAGGAUGGUGUGGAGAUGGAGAUGGGUCGCAGGUGA